AAAGCAAGGUGUCGUAAGGUGACCUAUAUUGCCUGUUUACGGCAUUACUUUAGGUUGAAAGGACGGACAAAUUUUGACAGUCUAAAAGCCUCAUUCUAGAUGUAAGGCAGAAACAAACGCGCAGUCAAAGACAGAGUGAAUCAUUGCAAAAGUAAAGCAAAAAAGUCUACCUGGUGCCAAACCAUGCCAUUCGUAGAUCUGCAGGGGAAAUUUGGCUUCAAUGCUGACCGGUGGCUGCUGCUGUCGUCAAGUGAGCAACCAUACAAAAUAGCAAGCCGCUGUCAUGCUUUUGAAAAAGAGUGGGUUGAAUGCGCGCAUGGAAUCGGGAGAACCCGGGCCCUUAAAGAGUGCAAAAUUGAACUGGAAGACUUCUAUGAAUGCUUGCACAGGGACAAAACGAUGAAGCGUUUGAUGCAGAUCAGAGAGCAGAGGGAUAAGUUAAUUAAGGAGGGGAAAUACACGCCUCCCCCUUGUCAUGUGGGAAAAGAUGAGCCAAGGCCCUGAUAAAGACCUCCAGAAAGUGAGGAAAGACAUUGUACAGAAGGAACCAUUCAAGCCUCCUGGAGCAAGCUGAACUGUGUAUGUGCUGAUAGUGUAACAGUGCCACCACAAACGCCUGCAUGUCUGCUCAGAGGACUAGAAUCAUUACGGUCUCUAAACCUUAUUAAAAUAUUGUUUUAUAAAUCCA